GGGGCUAUCUCUGUUAGAUAGAGCGCGUUUGUUAUAGCCCAGUCAUACACUGUCUCCGGAUUCCUGCUUCAACAGUGUUUGAACGGAACCCGCCGCCAGUCCUGCUGUAUUGUGUGGAUAUUUUUUUUUUUACGAUACCGAAUAUCUAUAUUGCUGUCAAAACUUCUACUAAACGGCAUCUUUGUUGCUAUAGUGAACCACCUAAUUUGUCGUCAUGGCAUCUCAAGUGAGGCAGAAUUUUCACCAAGACUGUGAGGGCGGUAUUAAUCGGCAGAUUAAUCUGGAGCUGUAUGCCUCUUAUGUUUAUCUUUCUAUGUCGUACUAUUUUGACCGGGAUGAUUUAGCACUUCACAAUUUUGCUAAAUUCUUCAAAAAGCAGUCUGAAGAAGAGCAUGAGCAUGCAGAGAAGCUGAUGAAGCUACAGAACCAACGAGGUGGGCGUAUCUUUCUCCAGGAUCUUCAGAAACCGGAGCGUGAUGAGUGGGGAAAUGGACUGGAAGCAAUGGAAUGUGCUCUUGCACUAGAGAAAACUGUAAACCAAUCACUACUAGAGCUGCACAAGUUGGCAUCUGACAAGAAUGACCCUCAUCUUUGUGACUUCAUUGAAACACACUGCCUGGAUGAGCAGGUAAAAUCCAUCAAGGAACUAGGAGGAUUUGUAACCAACCUUCGAAAGAUGGGUGCACCUCAGAAUGGUAUGGCAGAGUACCUGUUUGACAAACACACAUUGGGAUCCAGUUAAAUCUUGACAGCAUCUGGACUGAACUGUUAUGAAGACUGACUGUUGAAGACUGUUUAUCACUUCAUUUGUGAACUGACACAUAGCCAUUAAAAUUUGUUUGGAAUA